CACCGGCAUCCGCGGCGAGACUGACGCUAUCUAUAGAUCGUCAACUGGCUGCCCUUCACUCAGAAAUACACCAUCAGCUGCCUCUGCGAGUCCUGGGCUCGCCGCGAUGAUCCUCACCCAAUGCCCAUGCUGUGCUGCCCCUUUGCCGCCCACCUCAGCCAAACAAUGCAGCCGCUGCAAGACGCGCUACUGCGGAGUGGCCUGCCAGAAAAAGCACUGGGAAGAGGGCGGCCACGACAAGCUCUGUAGAAAGAUAAGGAAAGGCGGCGGAGCUGAGCAAUACAACGCAAAUAAGAAGUACACGGAGGCUGUAGCUGUCGCGGCGGAGGAGUGCGCCGAGGACACGAAAGGCCAGACGUGCUACAUCUGCACGCAGGCCCUCCACUGGAAAACAAAGGAGGGCCUCGUGCGCGGGUGCUCGUGCCGCGGAACGGCGGGCUAUGCGCACGUGUCGUGCUUGGCGGAGCAGGCGAAGAUCUUGGUUGCGGAGGCCGAAGAGAACAACUUGGACCUGAAGGUGAAGCGGGCGAGGUGGGCGCGAUGGAGCGCGUGUAGUCUGUGCGAGCAACGGUACCACGGCGCCGUGGCGUGCGCACUCGGGUGGGCGUGCUGGAACACGUAUGCGGGGCGACCCGAGUCGGACACUCCUCGACAACUGGCGAUGAACCUGCUUGGGGUCGGUUUAUACCAAGCACAACACUUGGAGGAGGCGUUAUCCGUGAGGGAGGCCGCGUUGUCUAUGGCGCGGCGGCUUGGUGGACCAGCAGAGCACAUACUUACCUUGCAAGGCAAUCUUGCGAAUUUAUAUGGUCAACUCGGACAAAAAGAACAGGCCCUGCGCCUGCGACGAGACGUAUAUGCUGGAACUCUGAGGCUCCAUGGCGAGGAAAAGGAACAUACCCUCAUAGAAGCCAAUAACUACGCAAUGAACCUUCUUGACCUACGGCGCUUCGAAGAAGUCAAGCUGUUCCUGCGCAAAAUGCUACCCGUGGCGCAACGCGUUCUCACAGAUAGCCAUUUGAUCACGCUUAAAAUGAGGUGUUGUUUGGCGAUGGCGCUCCACGACGACCCCAGCGCCACGCUCGACAAUUUCCGCGAGGCCGUGACGACGCUCGAGGACGUGGGACGGAUUGCGCGGCGCGUGCUCGGCGCCAAGCACCCGUUCGUAGGAUUGACUGAGCUACGCCUGCGGAACGCGCGAGCAACGGCCCGCGCCCGCGAACUCAACGUCAGCUCCCUCGCAGACGAGCUGGAGGCCAUGACGCCGACGUAAAAUACCAC